AUGUUUAUCGGUCAGAUGCCUUACGACACCAAGGUCGACGAUAUUGUGCCAUGGCUCAAGGCCAUCAUGCAGAGACAUGGUUGUGCGCACGACAUAGAUGCGGUUAGGUUAGCCGGGUCCGGCAACUCCAACAAAAAGUUUAAAGGGUUUGCUUUUGUCGACUUUAAGACACGCAAAGCGGCGAACAUCGUCAAGAAGUUCCACGGCACCUUAUUUCGCGGCCGCAAAGUGUCGGUUGAGGAUUGCAGGCGCAAGGUUUACGUGGAUUCAACGACCGAUCGUAGCUCUAAUGGUCUCAAGAAUGGGUCAGGAUUUGUUAAGCAGCUGACUGGCACGGACACUGUUGAAAAUCUUGUGAAUGAUAUCUGCAACACGAGUGAUGGGGUCUUGAAGCUGACAGACUUUGAUGACCAAUUGAAAUCCUUCUUCUCUGUCCUCCCGAAAGAUGUAUUAUCAGCGGCCCUACAGAGCAUUAAAAAACAAGCUUCGAAAGCUCCGCCCGCAAGAAAAGCACAAUAUUUUAUGGUGAGCCAACUUCUCGCUAGUUUCAUAUUGUGGUUUUACGAACAGUCUUCAAGCUGUAGCACUUUUUCCUCCCAGGGCAUCACCAAAAAAGUCUCAAGGCAGUACUGGGAGAAGCGAGCCGCGAGGAGGGGGGAAUGA